AUGGUUGAAUCAGUUCAGAUGAAUGAUCUUAAUCCUCGUUUAAUUCACAAUAAUUGUGAUCGACCAGAUAUUACUCUGCAGUCGAUUAGUGGCUAUGAAAAGUUAGAACCUGUUCCAUUGGAAACUGCUGUGGAACCUAUUCAAUCGCUUUUUAGUGAUUUACCUCACGAUGUCUCUAUUGCGAAAGAUGCUACAAAAAGACCCACUGAUGGUCUCACACCAGAUGAAUCUGCUGCGAUUUAUCUUUAUACAUUGGAUAUUAAACCGCGCAGUUUAUAUUUAGUUCUCAAUGAAAUAUUAUUCCAUCGUGAUCGUCAAAAAUUGAAACCUUGGUUGCCCUAUCUCAGAUUGUUUUUUAAUGGUCUCUUUAAAAUUCCAUCCUAUACGAUGAAAAUCAUCUGGCAUGGUGUCAAGGCUGAUCUACAUACAAAAUAUGAGACCCGUAAAUGUUAUAUCUGGUGGGGAAUCACAUCGUGCGCUCAAUCGAUCGAUGUACUUCGUCAUCCUGCUUAUUUAGGUGAGACCGGUGUGAGAACCGUAUUCUCGAUUGAAUGUCUCCAUGGACGACCAAUCAAAACUCAUUCAUGUUAUCAACGAGACGAAGAGAUCUUACUUUUACCAGGAACAUAUUUUGAAGUUCUCAGUAAUGUCAAUACAGGUCAUGGUUUACAUGUUAUUCGUUUACGAGAACUUCCACCGCCUUAUGUCCUAUUAGAACCACCAUUCUCAACUCUGGGUACUGAAGCAGAAAUGUCGAGCAUUGAUCAAAUUCUUCAAAAAGUUUAUAUGAUGAACAAAGAUAAUGCAGAGAUGCCGAAAUUAUUGAUAAUUUUACCAGAUCCAGCCUAUCGAUGGGAAUCAGAAGAUAUCUGGAAGAAUAAUUUUCUUCUUCAUCUCGUUUGUGAAUGUUCAGUUAAUCAUCUUCAUUUUGCUCAGCAUCCUGGUUAUUCAUUACCUAAUGCUGAAAUUUUCUUUCAAAUCUAUGGAUUAUAUUUAAAACAGUACAUGAUUCCAUUGGCUCAAUAUCUCUUGCAACUAAAAAUGAUCAAUACAGUGCAAGAUACUCGUUUUUGGUCGACAUUUCAAACUGGUUUGAAUAGGAUGACAGAUAUUCUCAAUCGAAUCGAACCAAAUCCGAUUACAGCAGACGAAACAUCGAAAUUGAAAGAUCUCGUCGUACCCGAAUGGACGACGAUGAGCAAUUUAUAUCGAUCGAUUACAAACAACAUGACUAUUCGAUGGGUAUGUAAACGUCAUUAUCCAGUUGAUCAAUCACAAUUGAUUCGUCGUUUGCGAGAUAUCGAAGGCAUAUCAUUUGAUGAACAAGAAAGUGAAAUGACCAUUAGUGGACGAUUAGAUCCAACACAAACGUCACGUUUAACAGCAAUUCUACAACGAGGUUUACGUAUUUAUACACUCAACUAUGUCUAUUAUUCACCACCACUCGAUCAAUUAGUGAAGGCUUUCUGUCGAGCAUCCAUUAUUACUGUGUGUCACAAUGGUUUUCUCUCUGAUAGUAACGACAAAUCUAAUAUGGAACGAAUCCAAAAAUUGUGCAAUCAAGUCAUCGCUUCAAAUCCUUUCGUACGACAAGCAAAAGUCACUGAUGGAGGUGGUUGGUCACGAAAACGAGCUGGCAUUCGAGAUGCAUUGAAAUCUAACAAUUCAUUACGUUCAUUUACCUUUAGUGGUUCCAUGACCAAUCAAAUUAUUACCGAGAUCAUGGCAACAUUGAAAUUGAGUAUGGUCUUGACGACAUUACGAUUCAAAGAUCGACCAUUACCACCCCGAGGUGCUGAAACCUUUGCUGAAUUAAUACGAUCAAGUGGUACAUUGAUUUAUUUGACUCUGUCGAAUACGAUGCUCAAAGACGAAGGUCUUCAUAUGAUUAUCGAUGCAAUCUGUGCCAAUCCCAUCAUGCAAACAUUAGAAUUACCAUUCAAUCAUCUUCAUGACAAGAGUAGUUUAUAUAUUGGUCAUUUGUUGAAGAUCUGUACGAGUUUACGAAGUCUUGACAUCAGUUAUAAUGAGUUCAGUGCUAUUGGAGCAAGACGAAUAUUCGAUAAAUUGAAACUCAAUCGAACACUGUUACAUUUCAAUAUUGGUCUAAACAAUUUAGCUGUAAGAAGUGGAAAGCAAACGAUGACAUCUAAAGUUCCACCUGUUAAUGGUGGUGAAUUGAUUGGAACGAUGUUAGCAGAUAAUAAUACUCUGAUCAUCUUGGAUAUUUCUCAUGUAAACAUGUCGGACUCUGGCGUACAAGGAUUGACCGAAGGUCUACUGAAGAAUCGAACAUUGACACAUCUAAAUUUGACAUCGAAUAAAAUUUUCGAUGUUCAACGACGAAUGAUUGUGGAUGUGAUGCACAACAAUAAUACGUUGUUGAGUCUUGACCUGUCGCAUAACGAUUUGGACGAUACCAGUGUCGUACGAUUGGGUGAAAUGCUUCGAAUCAAUAAGAAAUUACGCUAUCUCAGAAUAAAAUCUUGUGUCAUCGAAGAUAGUCGAAUGUAUAGUCUUGCUCGAACCUUACAAGAUCAAUUGACAUUGACACAUCUGGAUCUUUCGAAGAAUAAGAUCGGUGAUGAUGGAGCGACUAUGAUUGCUGAUAUUCUCUCAAAGAAUAAUACAUUGAUCUAUCUGAAUAUUUCUGAGAAUCGUAUUACCGAUCAAGGUGUUCAAGCGAUUGCUAAUGCUCUUGAAAAUAAUAUUACAUUACGCCAUCUGGAUAUUCUUCUUCAACAAGACAAUAUCACCGUCUUUGCUAUGGUUACUUUUCGAUCUAUUCGACCGGACUUGGCUAUCAGAUAG